AUGGGCCAAUAUCAAUUUGGUCGACGGAAGCAAAGGCCGCUGAAGCCAAAGAAAUCCGACGACCCGUACAUUUUCACCAUCGGAAAUCUUUUGGAAUGGGAGCACCAUGCUGAGCACCAGCUCACAAAAGCAGGCAACAAUAGUGCAACGGCCAAAGAAGAAACCAUCAAAAAACUAAGAGAGAAGCAGCAGCAGGUUCCAGUUCAAAUAUCAGAAAGCGUAUAUAUCUCCAAUGCCUCUGGUGUCAGCGAUGUGGACAAGCUCCACAAACUUGGCAUUACACACGUUUUGAAUGUUGCCGGUUCCAUGGCAGCUUGGAGCCCCCAAGAAGAAUACGAAAAGAAAGGCAUUCACUAUAAAAUGGUGGAUGCCAUUGACGAGCCCACCUACGACAUGCUGGACUUACAUCUGGAAGAGUGCCUGGAAUUUAUGCGGGGGGCCCAGAACAACAACAGCAAAAACGAGGCGCGCAUCGUUGUGCAUUGUUAUGCAGGCUGCAAUCGAUCCGGGGUGAUUGUGGCGGCGGAGCACAUGCUACGAACCAGAACCAAUGUCUUGGAGACGGUUCUACAUUGUCGGACAUGCCGAGGGAAUGCUUUUCUAACGAAUAAUGGGUUUCAAGGGCAGCUUGUAGCAUUGGCUAGACGAGAAGGGUUGCUGGGUCCUGCUCCUGGUUCUCGCGGAUGUGUUGUGGAACCGUGGCUCUGGAGAAAGGUACGAAAGGAGAUCGAGCAUUGA